AUGCUAUGAAUAUACAAACAUCACGGCAAACUAAAAAUAGCCCGUAUUCAUUAGUAUUCGGUCAAAACUCUUUAUGUUAUUUUUCAUUAUUGAAAGAAGUCAAAAAGCAACGUAUUAAUUAUGAAGACAAAUUACCUGAUAAUUGGUUUGAACCUUCUGAGCCUCAGGAUGCUUUCGAUCGGCAAGAAAUUGUGGAAUCACUUUUAGAAGCCGCAGCUUUGAAUAUGGAGGAACAACAAUUACUGGAACAUAUUAAUGAGGAGGUGAAUAAAAUAGUUGAUAGAGAGAUGAAUAUGGAUAAAGAGAUGGAUGAAGUAAUAGAUGUGAAUAAAGAGUUGGACGAAGUGAUAGAUGUGGAUAAAGAGAUAGACGAAGUGGUAUAUGUAGAUAAAGAGAUGGACGAAGUGAUAUAUGUAGAUAAAGAGAUGAAUGAAAUAGUGAAUAUGGAUAUAUGGAUAAAGAG